UCGUUACCUUUUGCAGGUGGAAUAUUGAAAUGCCGGCAAUUAUCGCUCACUCAAUCUCCAUUCUAUCCGAUGCAGGGCUUGGAAUGGCCAUGUUCAGUCUUGGUUUAUUUAUGGCAUUGCAACCAAGGAUUAUUGCCUGUGGCAAUUCAGUUGCUGCAUUUGCAAUGGCUGUCAGAUUUGUUACAGGACCUGCUGUCAUGGCUGCGGCCUCAAUUGCUGUUGGACUUAGAGGCGUUCUCUUACAUAUCGGCAUCGUGCAGGCAGCUCUUCGUCAAGGAAUUGUUCCAUUUGUUUUUGCCAAGGAGUACAACGUGCAUCCUGAUAUUCUUAGCACAGGGGUUAUCUUUGGAAUGCUGAUUGCGCUCCCCAUCACGCUGGUUUACUACAUAUUGCUGGGACUCUAGAGCUCGAUGGACCUUUUGCAUUCAUCAACAGAGCCAAGGUCGAAAGGUUUCUGUAAAGAUUUUUAACUUAUCUGGUAGUUUUGUAUUCCCUAGUCUGACUGAGAUAGCCGAGGUUUUGUUAGCUAUGUAUUUGGCAAAAAAGAAGUCUCAAUUUAGGGACUAGUGGCUUAGAUAGUUUAAAUGAUCAGGCUUCAUGUAACUCUUUUAUUUUAUUUGAAGACUUUUGCAGCUGGUGUAAAAGGUCAUAUUAGUAACUUGAUCUUUGUUUCGGUCCAACAUGGAUUUCAUUCUGGCAUUUUCAGUGCCCGAAGUUGGUGGAAGUUUUAGUUA